AUGCAAAGUCUGAGCUUGUGGUUCUGUCUAAUCACUCUAGAAAACAGCGUUCUCCACUCAAAAAUCAACGGACAGAUCUCUGAUAAUGAUGGAUCUAACGAGCGCACCACAACAGGUGCGAGUUCCAUAUCUUUAUCGUCAACGUCGUCAUCACUCAAAUUGAUAACAACAGCUAAAAAGACAUGGAGAAUGGUUAAGACGUCAGAUAAACCAACCAAAUACGAACAGAAAAACCAUGCCACCCUGCAGUGCUACAUUGGCGAAUUUGAUAAGGGUAACUGUAAAGGAGUCUGUGUGAUGCGAGAAAAAUAUAGUAGAGAUAGAAAAGUAUCUAGCUCUUACUUGGAACGAACUUAUCACUGCCAGCAAUUUUCUAAGUAUGCUGAAUCUGCAGUUAAUAUGUGCACAGACGUGAAAGUCCCCUAUCCAAAUUUGAAAGUAUACAAGUCACAAAACUACACUUACGUCAAAUAUUGCUGCCAAACAGAUUUUUGUAAUAAACGUAAAAAGUUGAAACCACUGCUGGCGAAGUUUCUUUCGCAAAGGGAGAACGUUGAUCAGAUAUACUUCGAUUAUUUUGUCAUCUAUCUAGAGUUGGUAGUUAUUACAUCGGUAGCUUUGUGGCCUUUUGUAAUCAUGAUUAAUGAAAAGAAAAAAGAGCGAAAACUCUACGCCGUACUCAAUCAACCUCUGGAAAAAGGGAUAGAUCAGGAAGAGAAUGUACCUGCAAUGAAGAUGAAGCGAAAGGUAGCGAAGCCAGUCACAGGACAACUGAACUUUAAGGAACUCUGCCACGAGCUGACAAACAUGGAAUUACGUAUAAGAAAAGAUUGCGUUGAGAUAUCGUCUAAAGCGUUUCCUUCCUAUAACCAAUUCGAGCUGGUAGCAGGAGGGAAUGGUCACGAUCUGGUGAAGGUUGAUCGAACAAUGAUUGCGAGCUAUGAAACUUACGUUAUGACGCACCUUGUCGAAAAUGGACCGUAUGUUUAUGACUGGACACCUUUCGAGCUCGUCUCUCUACUAUCGCAAGCUGCGGACUUUUUCGAAGGAGAAGAUACGAUGCUUACGCUGAGAGCUCCAAUCACCGUGAUAGGAGAUAUUCGCGGACAGUAUCAAGACUUACACAGAUGGUUAGCUGUCACUGGAUUUCCUCCACGACAGAAAGUGCUCUUUCUUGGAGGAGUAAUAGACAGAGAAGAGCCUGGAUCUCUUGAUUGUCUAGCUUUUAUUGCAGCAAUGAAGAUGAGUUUUCUUCAAGAGAAACUUGAUUCUCGAUAUGCAUACUUCGAAUGUAACACAGGCCUUAUAUAG